AUAAUUAUUUUCUUGUGAUAACGUGCAACAUUGUUGCUUUGACGAAGAAUCCCAUUGUCAUUUGUGCAACAAUUAUUCUGUUGUUUCCGUUGCCGAAUUUGGUGCAGCCACACGGUUUCAUUCAUAAAAGCAUUGCCACCAUUUAUGGGUACUCAAACAAUAGGUUUACUUUUACAUGUAUACACCUCGUGAACAGAUCAUCACUCAAAUCUAAUCAUGUUUACGUUGUAAAUAGUACUGUUUUUCUAUUUUUUCCUGUGACGUAAGAUUGUGGAUUGUAAACAUUGCUUGUUUUGGUGCAACCAGGCCCGAUAUAACCUGUGAUUAGCUCCACAAUGAACGAGUCAGGCUCAGGCACGUUGAUGCCCGAGUUCAACAAAUGUAACAUCGUGAAGGAAGGCUGGCUAUUCAAAAGAGGAGAACACAUAAAAAAUUGGCGUUCCCGUUACUUCGUGCUACUCGACAAUGGUUCCUUGGUCGGUUUUAAAAACAAGCCUGACGAAACCUCCAUGAAUGACCCCUUAAACAACUUCACCGUUAAAGGCUGUCAAAUCAUGUCGACCGAUAGGCCUAAACCCUACACCUUCAUAAUCCGAGGUCUUCAGUGGACGACUGUCAUAGAAAGGAUGUUCCACGUCGAAACGGAACGCGAGAGAGAGGAGUGGGUGGCGGCAAUCAAGGGUGUUUCAGAACGACUAAGCGUUGAUUGCGAAGAUGUCGAAAUGAAUCUUCCCAACACUGAAGUCGGUAACAUGGAAGAUUUAUGUGAGAAAUUCUCAUUACAAGGUACAUCAAUUUCAAAAUCAACGGGCAAAAGAAAAGUGACUCUGGAGAGUUUCGAGUUUCUUAAAGUGUUAGGGAAGGGGACUUUUGGGAAAGUGAUCUUGUGUAGAGAGAAGGCGACGGGACGCUUAUACGCUAUUAAAAUUUUAAAAAAGGAGAUAAUUAUACAAAAAGAUGAAGUUGCUCAUACGCAGACGGAAAAUAGGGUUUUAAGGAAAACGAAUCAUCCGUUUUUAACGUCGUUAAAAUAUUCUUUCCAAACCAACGACCGUCUUUGUUUCGUGAUGGAGUACGUUAACGGCGGUGAAUUAUUCUUUCAUUUAUCGAGGGAGAGAGUUUUUUCAGAAGAUAGGACGAGGUUUUAUGGGGCAGAAAUUAUUUCCGCUUUGGCUUACCUGCAUUCGCAAAAUAUUAUUUAUAGGGAUCUAAAAUUAGAAAAUUUGCUUUUGGAUAAGGAUGGACAUAUAAAAAUUGCGGACUUUGGUUUGUGUAAGGAGGAUAUCACGUAUGGAAGGACCACGAAGACGUUUUGUGGCACCCCGGAAUAUUUAGCGCCGGAGGUUUUAGAAGACAACGAUUACGGAAGAGCGGUUGAUUGGUGGGGAAUAGGAGUUGUAAUGUACGAAAUGAUGUGUGGUCGUUUACCUUUCUAUAACCGAGACCACGACGUUCUCUUCACCUUAAUCCUCAUGGAAGAAGUGAAAUUUCCAAGGAACCUCAGUUCCGACGCGCGAGAUUUAUUAGGAGGUUUGUUAAUCAAAGAUCCAGCGCGACGACUGGGAGGAGGCCCAGACGACGCCAGACAAAUUAUGGCACACCCUUUCUUUAGUUGUAUCAACUGGAGGGAUCUAGAACAGAAAAAGAUAGUGCCACCAUUCAAACCGCAAGUUACAAGUGAUACGGACACCAGAUAUUUCGAUUCGGAAUUCACCGGCGAAAGUGUAGAAUUAACGCCGCCAGAUAAUUCAGGUCCAUUGGGUGCCAUACAAGAAGAGCCUUAUUUUCCUCAAUUUAGCUAUCAAGAUAUGUCUUCCACGUUAGGUAGCUCCGCACAUAUAAGUGGCAGCAUGAACAACGUAGCAACAAUGCAGUGACUCACGAUUUAAUUAAAUAUUGCUAAGUUUAACUGAUCAUUAUCUAAUUCAUGUACAUAUAGAUUCGCUACUUUAAGCCACUGUACUUAUUGUUAUGAAAAAAACUAAGAAAUUAUUAACAGUUGGUGAUAAUAUUUUAUAUUGUACAUAGUAUUUGACUUUGACUGUGUUGAUAACUGCUACCAUUGGUCUAAACUUUCUUUUUUAAAGUUGUACAUACUUAUAUCUACUAUUAAAAUACAAUGUUAGUUUCGCUGUUAGUGUGACUUUUUAUUUUACUAAGUAAUUGUGGUGAUGCAUUUUCACUAUUGAUUAUAUAUUUUUGCAUUUAACUCCUACUGUAUACGAGAACUGUUACAAAAUUUUCAGAGAUCACCUCAAAGUUUAAAGUGGUUGAUAAUGUUGAGUAUAUGCCGAAAAUAUUUUUUGUGAUUGGUAUUAGUUUGUAGGCGUCGCUUGAUAAACUCUAAGAGUAAACAAUUGUACAUAAAAUGUAACGCUUUUUUGAGCUACCGUGUAAAUACGUAAGGUGACUUUCGGAACUGUCUGUUUAUAUUAUCCUUGAAAAAUGUAGAAAAUUAAAUAAAUUUUUCGUUUUGUUA